AUGUCAAGCGACGAAUACUACGACGUCCUUGGGAUCAAUCGUACCGCAUCCGAGGCGGAAAUCAAGAAGGCCUACAGACAGACGGCCUUGCGAAACCAUCCCGAUAAAAACCCUGGCAACGCCGCAGCCGAAGCAAAAUUCAAGCUUGCCACAGAGGCAUAUGAGGUACUUACCGACCCGCAGAAGCGAUCCGUCUAUGACCAGUAUGGUAAAGAAGGCCUCAAUGGCGCUGGUGGUGGCAGCGGCAUGCCUGCCGAGGAUCUCUUCGCUCAAUUCUUCGGAGGCGGUGGUUUCGGUGGUAUGGGAAACAUGUUCGGCGGUGGCGGCAGUCGAGGUCCUCCCAAAGCUCGAACCAUCCACCAUACUCACAAGGUCUCACUCGAAGACAUCUACCGAGGAAAGGUUUCCAAGCUCGCUCUGCAGAGAUCCAUCAUCUGCCCCAAGUGCGAUGGCCUUGGUGGCAAGAAGGGCGCCGUCAGCAAGUGUGCUGGCUGCGACGGCCACGGUAUGAAGACCAUGAUGCGCCAGAUGGGCCCCAUGAUUCAGCGCUUCCAGACUGUCUGCCCGGACUGUAACGGUGAAGGCGAGAUCAUCAGGGAGAAAGACCGUUGCAAGCAGUGCAACGGCAAAAAGACUGUUGUCGACAGAAAAGUCUUGCAUGUCCACGUCGAUAAGGGAGUACGUAGUGGCACCAAGGUCGAGUUCCGCGGGGAAGGUGAUCAGGCCCCCGGCGUUCAGGCUGGCGACGUUGUUUUCGAGAUUGAGCAGAAGCCUCAUGCCCGAUUCACGCGCAAGGAUGAUGAUUUGCUUUACAAGUGCGAAAUUGAGCUCGUCACCGCCUUGGCUGGUGGUACCAUCUACAUCGAGCAUCUUGACGAUCGCUGGCUUUCUAUUGAUAUACUGCCUGGCGAGGCUAUCGCUCCUGAUUCCAUCAAGAUGGUUCGGGGCCAGGGAAUGCCAUCGCACCGCCACCAUGACUUCGGUAAUCUGUACAUCCACUUCAACGUCAAGUUCCCCGAGAAGAAUUGGACUCAGGAUGAGUCUGCUUUCGCUGCUCUCCAAAAGAUUCUCCCGCAGCCGUCUGUCCAGAACAUUCCUCCCGCAGAGGCCAUGACCGAACCUGCCGAUUUGGAAGAUAUGGAUGGCCACUCGCAGAACCGAGUCUUUGGCAGCCCCGGCAUGGAUGAGGAAGAUGAGGACGGUCACCCCGGCUCAGAGCGUGUCCAAUGUGCUUCACAGUAA